AUGCAGCAGCACAACAACUCCAAUUCAAGUGGAGCUGCUAUUCCCAUACAAAACCAGGUCAGCAGUGGAGUUCUGGGACUAUGCUUUCUUCUGGGCAUCCCAGGAAACAUAAUGGUCAUGGUGGUAAUGCUCCGUAACUUCAAGAGAAACAACUUCACCCUGCAUCUGAUGCUGAAUCUGGCCGCUUCUGACAUAUUGUGCUUGAUAACACUGCCGCUAUGGAUCCAUUACCUGCUCGCUGACUGGACCUUCAGUCAAGAUCUCUGCAAAUUAUUAGCUUCCUUUGUCUAUAUCAGUCUUUAUAACAGUGUGAUGACUGUUACGCUGAUGAGUGUCCAGCGGUAUUUUGCAGUGCUGUAUUCACACCAGUGGGCCAAACUAGGAAGAAAUGGAGAGAGGGCUCUACUCGUCUCUCUGUGGAUACUAGCAUGCAUCUUAUCCAGCCCGGCUGCUGUCACUUAUAAACUUAAGAAGAGGGGAGUGCUGGAUGAAUGUGAUAAGUUUUUUAAUUCACAUGGACAAAGAGCUGCAAUCGAGAUCUUUGAGACUCUUCUGGGGUUUGUAGUUCCUUUUGCCAUUCUGGUCACAUCCUACUCUUGCCUCCACAAGCAAGUCAACAGUACAGCGUUCUUUAGGAACAAGCGACUGACUACACUAGUCACCAAUAUCAUAGUGACGUUUUUCAUCUUCUGGAUUCCGGUUCAUGUUGUCAACAUUAUUGAUGUUGUGGCAGUUGUCCUAAGUUCAUCUUCUCCUGCUUCAUCUAAACAACUGUUUGCUUUCACUGCUUUUGCCGGGAACAUUGUUGGGAGCUUCUGUUUCAUCAACAGCUGUGUGAAUCCUUUCCUUUAUGCUUUUGCGACUCAAGGUGUGUGUCAAGGCACUGAAGACUCCAAUGAGAGGGACUGUGACAUGCAAAGCUGUGAUGUCUAA